GCGGCGCUGCUCACAGUGCGACGGAAGAGUUUCCAGGGCGGAUCGCAGGACGUGAACGCAUCGCGACUCCCGCACACUGUGCACACACGUCGAACUCCGCACCAGAGAGUAUCUCGCGCCGCGCGUCGUCAAACUAGAAAAUAAACGCGCAUCUUAUCCAGCAGCAUCGCGCGCGCGCUUAUUUUUAGCUUCUGAAGGCAUUCAGUCGGUGGCAAGUUUUAAUUUUAAAAUCGCGAGUGCAUCCAGCAGGAAUAACUCGCAUCAAAACUCGAAAACUUCCGCGCUGUGAGCGCAGAUUUACGGAUUUCAAACUGCUACAGCUGCUGUAAUUAAACUUUUCCUAAUUAAGUUUUUAAUUAGUUGUGCAAAACGCAAAAAAAUCACGAGGAUUAUAAACAAAUUAAACGAUGUGAUUUGUUCGGUAGCUGAAAAGUGAGGUUAUGUGCGCGUAAAAGUGUGGUUAGGUGUGAAAAUAUGCGUCGUAAAACUAGGCACACCGCACGAUGAGAACAGAGGGAUGGCGGUGGCCACCCUUUUGCUACUGGCGGCGGCGCUGGCCGUAGCCGCCCCCGACUGGACGGAUUGCCCAACGCCCUGUCGCUGCAAAUGGGCCUCGGGCAAGAAAACAGCCUCGUGCAGAGACGGGCCCUUUACGGGUCUGCCGGACACCUUCGACGGGGACAUGCAGGUGUUGGACCUUGCGGGCAAUUCGAUCCACAAACUGGGCAAAGAUGCAUUUCAACGCGCCGGGUUACUAAAUCUUCAACGUAUAUUUUUAAAGGGUAAUUCCCUUCGGGAAGUGCAUCGGGACGCGUUUAGAGAACUCAUAAUUCUUGUAGAAGUGGACUUGUCGAAUAAUGAGAUAACCUCAUUGGACCCGGAGACGUUUAGUGGGAAUGAAAGACUACGAGUGCUGUAUUUAAGUGGUAAUCCAUUGGGGCAGUUGGUGGAAGGGCAAUUUCCACCUCUGCCUCACCUGAGGACGUUGGACUUUGAAUCGUGUCGCUUGGAGAAAAUAAAUCCGAAUGCAUUCGUAAAUCUUGUGGCGUUAGAAUCUUUGAAUCUCAAAGGUAACAAGUUGGCGAAUCUCUCCGAAGAGACUUUAAUGAAUUUCGCGCAUUUGAAGAGUUUGGCUCUUGAUGGUAACCCGUGGAAGUGUGAUUGUGACCUGCGCGGUUUCCGUGACUGGUUCUUAUCGAGUAAUCUGCGGUCGAUGAGUCUUGGAUGUGCGGAACCGGAAGAGUUGCGUGACCACCUGUGGGAGGACGUACCCUCCGAACAGUUUGCGUGCGCGCCGCAGGUGUACCUCACACCAUACCCGCAGGUACAAGCGGAGGCGGGCGGUAAUGUAAGUUUCGGAUGUCAUGUGCUUGGAGAUCCCGAACCGGAAGUGACGUGGAUGUACGAAGGUCGACCAAUCAACCACACCUGGCUGAUCGUUGAAGCCGAAGAGGGUCUGUUGGACAAGUGGGUAAACAUCAGCGUAGUGAAUGUUAGUGAUGCCGACGCUGGGGUGUAUUCCUGUGUAGCACGAAACUCCCUCGCUACUCUUGGUAGAAACGUCACAUUAGUUCUACCGGAAGUAGUAACGGCUACUACUUUAAGUAAAUCUGAUCCCGGCGCGGUGUGGUGGGCUUCGGUUGCGGUUGGGAUUGCUGUAACUGGAUCCGCCAUUUGCACCUUAGCUGCGGUGUGUUGCAUGCGAGCGAAGAACGCGCGUAGAAGGCGUCAGCUCAAGGCCAGCGUUAGUUUCACCGACCAAGAGAAGAAGCUACUGGAUGUGAGCAUUGCUACCACUACUGAUCGAGGUGCUGGUAGUUGUGAAGCACUAUCACCGGAUGGCGAUGGUUUAAUGGAUUCGCCUAGUACGCAACCACCACCCGUACACAUCACCAUUGAGAGUCAUCAUCGACAUGAUGGAAUGUCUACGCUACCACCGAUGCCAAUGGCGGUGUAUCCACCUCCGCCGGAGUUCUCCAGCAGUGUGCUGCCGUCGUCGGCGUACGGCAACAUCUUCAUCUCAGUAGCCGUGAGUCGAGAUCCCACUCUAGAUGCGUCCAGGUGUCCUGAUCUCUUGGACUUGCCCCACAGAGCCAAGCCGGUGUAUCAUGGCAUGGCGACGCUGCCGCGCCGCCCCCAGCACUCGUUCGCUGCACCGAAGUAUGAUAACAUGGGGCCGCGCGUCACCGCCGGCGGCAGUUCGACGCUCUCGCUGCCGGACGCCGAUGUCGAGCUGCCACCACCGCCGCCGCCACCCAGCUGCACCGUUGCGCUCACCCCUGACUUUGUCUCCCUCUAAAAGCCAAACUUGUACGCAACUUUUCACACACACACUUUUAUUAUUUAAUAUAGGCAACCAAACCAACAUCGGUUGCAUAUGUGUAUUCACUGUUGCUGUGUGUUAACCUGCGUGCAAAACUACCCCGGAAACAAACCAAUUUAAGAUUGUAUUUAACAAAACCCCUCUAUCUUCUAAUUAUCUCCCCCAAUUUACCAUUGAAAAUUAAAUCGUAAAAACCCUUUAUAUCUAAACCUUUAUACCAAAAAAGAAACCAAAAACCCUUUUGUGGUUCAUCUUCAAUUAGUGCCUUUGCUCAUUAUAAUAUAUUUUAAUCAAGAUAUACAUAUACGAUAUAAAAAUAACGAUAAAUCAAUGAUGAAGGAAAUUUAAUCAUUAUAAUAAAUAAUAUUAACGAGAGCAUUCAUUCUUUCGGACAUGAAAAUCGUGUCGUGUCUUGCGAGCGCUGAAAAAAAAAUGGAAAACAUUUUCACAAUGAAUUUUCUAUUUUGUUGCGAGUUUUUAUAUUCCACUGUAACGCUAACGAAUGCGACAGUUUGAGCAAACAGAGACGGAUUUAUUUGUUAUGUAAACUUUAUAAAUCAACAUAAUUUCCUAAAAUAAUUAAAAUUUAAACAACAAUGCUUUCUGUGUAGGUAUAUAUGCAACCCAAAAACAGGUCAAUGCAAAAUAUAACAGUAUGCAACCAAAUAA